CAAUAAGCAAAUCCGCAGGCGGAACGAGGCUUUGUAUAUUAAUUUUUGUGCCCAAUAUUCGCUUUUUAGCGAUGGCGUUGAAAAGUUCCACUGAACAAAAGCAAUAAACCGUGUAUAAAGUUUUACAUUGAAUGUAACUUUGGUUAAAAUGUAUGUAAUUUGAGAGACAAUGAGCGAUCGUGCCGCUGAAUGCUCUGAAACACUAGAUCCUCGAGUACAGAUUGAGUUAGAGAGGCUUAAUACAGCAACAGAUGAAAUAAAUAGACUCGAAGUUGAGUUAGACGAGGCACGUCUUGCCUUCCGUCGACUUCUCGCAGAAGGCCAUCUGCGAAUACAGCAACUAACUAAGAAACUUGGCACAAGUGUACACAAAGCACGCCCUUAUUAUGAAGCUAGAUUUAGAGCUAAUAUUACCUCGCAAGAGCUGCAAACAGCCAACCUUGCAUAUGACAAAGCGAACAGCGCCCAUGCCGCGGCUCGUGAAAUGGUCUACUUGGCAGAGCAAGGCUUGGCGAGACUCGCCGAAGGUUCAGGUGGUCUCACACUCGAUCCCGCGUGGCAGGAGAUGCUCAAUCACGCAACACAUCGUGUUAACCAAGCAGAGUCUGACCGUGCGUGUGCCACGGUGACGCAGCGGUCUAAAGCCGCGACACACAGGGCGGCCGCUACGCUAGUGCAGCAGCUACAGAAUGGUUUAAAACGACACAUAGCCAAGUCACGACCGUACUUUGAAGAGAAAGCUCGUAUAAACGCCGCACUGGAAGCUCAGAAGGCAAGGAUCCAGACUUUGGAGGAGCAAGUCGCGGAAGCUAAGCAAAAGUAUUCAACAGCUCUCAGAAACUUGGAGAGAAUAUCUGAUGAAAUACAUCGACAUAGAUCUAGAAGACAGUCGGCUAAGAAUGACAUCGAUCGCUCGACAAUAACGGACACUGCGAGCGAGUCCAACGCGAGCGAGACGAUGGAGGAGCUGUGUGCGCACAACAACGACGAGCACGUGCGCGAGUGGCUGCGCAGGGUGGACCGCAGCGACCCCGACACCUGGACCGAGAUCGACCUCGACUACUCCAGCCCCGAGGAGAUAAGUUUCGAAAAGUGCUCGCUGCGGCCGCGCUCGUCGCCCGACAAGUCCCCCCCCAGCCCGCCCUCGUGCCGCGCGUCGGCCGCGUCCCCGCGCCGCAUCAUCCCGCGCGCCCGCGACGCGCGCGACGCCCGCGACGCCGCCCUGCGCGCGCACCUGCGGCACGGCCGCCGGCCCAGCCUCGACGCGCUGCUGCACGACACCGGCGAGAAGGUCAAGGAGAUGUUCCAGGGGCUGUCGCUGUUCGGCGAGCGGCGCGGCUCGGGCUCGGCGCCGCGCAGCCCGCGCGCGCGCCGCUCGCCCGCGCCCGACGCCGCGUCCUCCGCCUCCGACGAGCGCUACUCCGACUCCGACAGCCUGGCCAGCGUGGAGAUGCUGACGGACGACCAGAUCGCGUCGCUGAUGCUGGACGCGCAGCUGGAGGCGGUGUGCGAGCGGCUGGCCGGCGUGUCGCGCGCGCCGCACUCGCCCGAGGCGCGCUUUUGAGCCGCCGCCUCGCGAU